CCCACACCGACAACACAUACUUAAAACCAAAAACUGCUAAUUUCACGUAUUACUGAACACAGAAGAUGGAGCACUUUGACUUGGUGAUGGAUGAGAUUGGUAAAUGUCUAAGUGCCUAAAUGUCAAUUUGCUUCCACAACCACAGCCCAUCGCCCGCUUAGGUUUUGGGAAGGUGCAUGUUUUCGCUACCCUCACACUCGGUCUACUGCAAAUGCUCACCAUCCACGAAACAAUGGGCAUGGGCAUCAUCGGUCCGGCAUCCGUCUGCGAUCUGGUCAUGAACCAGGCGCAGUUGGCCUCGUUGACGGCGGCCGGAUUCAUGGGCAUCAUCUGCUCCUCCUAUUUCUGGGGCUACGUCACCGACAAGAAGGGCCGGCGCUGGACCCUGCUGCGUACCAUCAUGCUGAGCAAUUUGUGUUCCAUCUUGUCCAUGUUCGUAAUCAGCUUCACCGGCUUCUUUGUGGCGCGCUUUAUCACCUGCAUUUUUGUGGCCGGUCCCAGCUUCGUGGCCGCCACCUACCUGAGCGAGUUCUGCUCGCACCGAAUCUUGAUCCGCACCAUCACCCACAUGUACAUGUUCACCGGCUUCGCCAUGAUCUACUGUCCCGGCUGGGCCAGCCUGUUCCUGAGUUCGGGCCUUAUAGAGUUUGAGGUGGAAGUACUGGGCUCCCUGACGCUGAGACCUUGGCGCGCUUUGGGAUGUUUGAACAUCAUUCCGGGCGUGGUCGCCUUCUUUCUGCUGCUGCACUUGCCGGAGAGCCCCAAGUUUCUGUUGAUGAUCGGCGAUACGCAGAGGGGCUUGGCCACAAUGGAGUGGAUAUCCCGCAAGAACACCGGGCAUCCUCUGAGCGACGAGCAGAAAGAGCACCUGCGCAUCUACCAGGACCACGUCGAGGUGAAGCGGCGUAAGAGCAAGCACAACUUCCUGCUCUCGAUGCUCAACGAUGCGAUGCCACUGUUCCGGAAGCCCUUCGUCGGCUCCUUCGUCUGCGCCUGCUUGGUUAUGUUCGUGCUCGGUCUGUUGGCGAAUGGACUGGGCAUUUGGUACACUGCCAUGCGAAAUCGAUGCAACAUGCGGCAGGGCAACACGAAAGGCAUGACCUUUUGUCGCAUACUCUUCGUACCCGAUAUAGGGCCAAUUGUGGAAAGUGAAAGUGACCUGGAGGCGGUCUGCAACGACUCUUUUCUGGGCUUCAAUGACUCCUUUAUCCUGGGAGCUGUCUAUAUCGUGCUGUACAAUCUUUGCUGGCUGUCGCUCUUUUGCGUGCGCAAGAAGGUGAUGUUCGUCUUCUCUCUGGUGGCCGCAUCGACAUGUGGUUUUCUCCUCAUCUUUGUCACCAACUACACAAUCCAACUCUUUUCGUUGGUGUUCCUAGUCGCAUUUCCCGGCGUUACGGUUGGCCUGCUCGGCGGUUCCCUGCUUGGCUUUGUACCCACCUACAUCCGUGGCAAGGCACUGUGCAUCAGCCUCAUGUGGGGCCGUUGUGGUGCGGCCGUUGGCACUAUCUUGGUGGGCUCCAGCAUCCAGGACAACUGCGAACUCUUCCUGCUGGCAAUAGCCAUCCUACCUCUGUUUGCCGCUUGCAUGGAGGGUUAUUUGCCAUUAUAAAUUUGGAUAUUUUUGUCUCAAAUUGUAAUUUCGUCUUGUUUCAGAUAAACUAAG